ACUUGUGUGUUUUGCUAGUAUCGCGAUCAAUGGCUCGCCAGCUGCGGAUUUUGAGAGAAGCGUCUUUGAAUGCUUAAUCCAGGCUACUGUAUUUCAAAUAGUUGAGAUCAAAUGGGUGGACACAAGGAGAUGAUGGGCAUUGUGUUAGUCAGUCUUUUCCUCAGUCUCCAAGCCUCUCUGCUGGCUACUUCAGAGAAAACCAUGUGCUUUAUAUCUCGUGACCGCCGUUUUGCGGACUGCAGGGGACACUAUCUAGAUCGAGUCCCUACGGAAGACCUCCCUCCCUCUUUGGAGGAAGUUGACCUGUCCCACAAUGCACUGCAGCAGAUCCGCAGCAGUGAUUUUUCACAUCUCCACCGCUUGCGUGUCCUCCAGCUUCAGUACAACAACAUUUCCCUGAUCGAGGAUGAUGCCUUCCGCUUCAACCUCCUCCUGGUGGACCUCAAUAUCUUCAACAAUUCCUUGACAGAUAUACCCGCCAAAGCCCUGAAGCCACUCUUGAAGCUCCAAAGCCUAGAAAUGUCCAAUAAUUUCUACAAAAGUGCCACUCUAGAUGAGGUGUUCUCCACCCUCACCCAUCUGAAGGUGUUGUCAAUGGGUGGUCCCUUUAUCCCCAGUCUGAAGAAGGGAGAUUUUCAAGCUAUUCGCACAAUCUUCUUGGAGAAGUUUGCCAUUAAAACUGCAUCCAGUCUACUGGACUAUGAGCCAGGGUGUCUCAAGUUCAUCCAGACUAAAAACAUGUGGUUUGAUGUGGCCUUGGACAAAAGGCCAGAUGCUCUGCCCAUGAUGCUAGGAGAUUUGGUUAACAAGACUUUCGCUGUGCUGCGUUUCCGUAAUCUUUUUGAAUUUGAGUACUACUCCGAUAAGGUGGACAUUUUCCACGGUUUGGCAGAUAUUAAGACACAUCAUCUCAUUUUCCACCGUGGCAAGUUCAAUGAAAAUCUGCUGAGGAUGGCUCUAAUGAACAUACAAAUGUCUCUCAUCAAAGGCUUAGGACUUAUGUCUAUUGAUUUUGCUCGAUCACCGACGUUUGUGGAUGAUGGUAACCGUUCCAGUGUGACAGAUCUUGCCUUGGAUAUCCUGGUCCUGAGUGACAUCACUAAUCCAGACAUUUUGCGGUUUGACUGGCGCUUCACCUGGUUCAGCAAGGUCCGCCAUUUGGUCAUUACGAAUGUCAACUUCAACUUUGUGCCCUGCGAUGCUUGGGAUGAGUUAGAAAUGGCGGAGGUGCUGGAUGUCUCCAACAACCGACUGCAAGACCACUACCUCUACAACAAGAAGUGCCAGUACAGCACCUCUAUGACAUUCCUUCAUACUUUCAACUGCAGCAACAACCAGUUGAGCAGCCUUACUGAUAUUGCAUCUCUAAUGGGAAAAUUUAGUCAGCUGAAGGUGUUGGAUCUCAGUUAUAAUCAGCUAAGCUCUACAGCGAGUGCCUGCACUUGGAAGUCAAAUGUCACCAGGAUGAUCCUUCACCACAACAACUUUGUCAGCAGCACUCUCAGUUGUCUGCCUACUACAGUGCAGUACCUGGACCUCUCCUACUGCAACCUGGACCAAGUAGACAUGGAAUACUUCUCACAAGCUACCAACCUCAAGGAGCUUCUCCUUAGCGGCAACAAGAUCAAAUUUAUCCCCUCUGAAUGGAGUAACCCAAACUUGGUGUACCUAGCCUUGGAUGGGAACUCCUUUGGACUCAUUAGCAUGAGCUCUUUCAAGAGUAUGCCGAGUUUAUCCAGCCUGAAAGCAGGCAAUAACCCUUACCACUGCACUUGUGACCUUCACACCUUCAUUCAGGAGACCAGAACCAAAGGGAAGGUCAACAUCACAGACUGGCCAGACAAUUACAAGUGUUAUCACCCCGAAGCCUUUCUCAACACAAUGGUUGCUAAGUUCUUCCCUGGUCAUAUAGCCUGUGAUAUUAAACUGGUCAUCAUUAUCUCUGUAGCAGCCACUACUGUUGUUGUGCUAGCUAUAAUGGGAUUGUGCUAUGUCUUUGAUAUACCUUGGUACACUAAAGCCACCUAUCAGAUCCUCAGAGCUAAAUAUCGGGCCCACCAGGAAGGUGCUGGAUUGUCACAGGUCUAUGCUUAUCAUGCCUUCAUCUCCUAUAGCCACUGGGAUGCCGAUUGGGUGAGGGACAAGUUGUUGCCUUGUCUGGAGAAUAAUAAGCCCCCCUACCAUCUCUGUAUCCAUGAGAGAGACUUUAUGCCGGGCAAGUGGAUCAUUGAUAACAUCAUUGAGAACAUUGAGAACAGCCGGAAGGUCAUCUUUGUGUUGUCACGACACUUUGUCAACAGCGAAUGGUGCAACUAUGAGCUCUACUUUGCCCAUCAGCGAGCCAUUGGAAAAACAUUCAGUGAUGUCGUCCUGGUGGUUAAGGAGCCCAUUGACCCUGACUCUCUGCCCAACAAGUACUGCAAGCUGAAGAAGAUGCUGAGCACUAAGACCUACCUGGAGUGGCCCCAGGAGGCUAAGCAGCAGGCCUUCUUCUGGGCUCAGCUGAAGAGCGUGCUGGGCAAACCUGGUGUCACCAGAGACCGACUGGCCAGUACAAGGAGCCAGCUGUCUGAGGCUGAUGCAUCUGUGGUGGAGCUUCCGCUGGAGGACAGAAGGCCUGUGGAAAGGGGUGAGGUCCCCCCUGAAGUCUUCAUGGAAGCCAAUGACCUCUCUGCCAUUAAUGCAGAAAGUAACAACCACAGACCUGUCCCUGCAAUAGUGGCAAUAAGAAUAAAGAAAAUGGUUUCACAACUGGAGGAUGCAAUGGAAAACCUCAUCAAAGUUUUCCACAAGUACUCCUCAAAGGAGGGUGACAAGUGCAAGCUGAGCAAAGCAGAGCUGAAGAAUCUUUUGCAGGGGGAGCUUUCUGAAUUCUUGGCGGCCAGUAAAGACCCGAUGGUGGUGGAAAAUAUCAUGAAAGACCUGGAUGAGAAUCGUGAUGGUCAGGUGGACUUUCAGGAAUUCGUGGUCUUGGUGGCAGCACUGACUGUGGCCUGUAAUGAAUUCUUCAUACAGAACAGCAACGAAUGAAUCAUCCAUGACAUAACUGUAACCCCCCUCCCCUUUAAUAAACAAACCUUUCAGUUCAGACUUUGGUGUUAGAGGGGGCUGUUCAGGUUUGGUAAUGUAUUUCUAGUCUCUGAUGCUGUUUGUAAUGGAUCUUC